CAAAGAGACUAGGAGACCCAGCCAGAGGCCUAAUGAACAGUGGGGAGUGGGGAAAGGUUGGUGGUCUCUGUCUGGCCAAGCUGCCCGCCGCCCCAAAAAUGAAUAACCCAGGCCGCCCCCCUAGGUGGAAACAAUGACACAAUCAGCUCCCAAUACCAAGGCCCUGACAUCACGAAAGGGGGCUGGCCAAGGUGGGGGGCGCCCCGCCCCUUGGCAGGCCUCUAUGGCCAAUGGGACGGGCCUUGGAAGAGGCCCGGGCCGCCUCCCGAGCUUCAAAAACAUGUGAGGAGGGAAGAGGGUGCAGACGGAUCUUCAGCUGCUGCCGCCUUCUUCAGCGCUGCUGCCACCGCUGUCCACCAUCAGCCGGCAUGUCCUCUGCUCACUUCAACCGAGGCCCCGCCUACGGGCUGUCAGCUGAGGUCAAGAACAAGCUGGCCCAGAAGUACGACCACCAGCGGGAACAGGAGCUGCGAGAGUGGAUCGAGGGGGUGACAGGGCGCCGCAUUGGCAACAACUUCAUGGACGGCCUCAAAGACGGCAUCAUUCUUUGCGAGUUCAUCAACAAGCUCCAGCCAGGCUCUGUGAAGAAGGUCAAUGAGUCCACCCAGAAUUGGCACCAGCUGGAGAACAUCGGCAACUUCAUCAAGGCCAUCACCAAGUACGGGGUGAGGCCCCAUGACAUCUUCGAGGCCAACGACCUGUUCGAGAACACCAACCACACCCAAGUGCAGUCCACCCUCCUGGCCCUGGCCAGCAUGGCCAAGACGAAAGGGAACAAGGUGAACGUGGGAGUGAAAUAUGCAGAGAAGCAGGAACGGAAAUUUGAGCCAGGGAAGCUAAGAGAAGGGCGGAACAUCAUCGGGCUGCAGAUGGGCACCAACAAGUUUGCCAGCCAGCAGGGCAUGACAGCCUACGGCACCCGGCGCCACCUCUACGACCCCAAGCUGGGCACAGACCAGCCCCUGGAUCAGGCCACCAUCAGCCUGCAGAUGGGCACCAACAAGGGAGCCAGCCAGGCCGGCAUGACUGCUCCCGGGACCAAGCGGCAGAUCUUCGAGCCGGGGCUGGGCAUGGAGCACUGUGACACGCUCAAUGUCAGCCUGCAGAUGGGCAGCAACAAGGGGGCCUCGCAGCGGGGCAUGACAGUGUAUGGGCUGCCCCGCCAGGUCUACGACCCCAAGUACUGCCUGACGCCCGAGUACCCGGAGCUGGGCGAGCCUGCCCACGACCACCACCCGCACAACUAUUACAACUCCGCCUAGGGCCCUGGGCCUCCCGCCUUCCCCCGGGGAGGCCGGUGCUGCUCUUGGCAGGGCCCAGCCCGGCCCGCCGACCCCCUCCCCCUGCAUGGCUCCUCCAGCCCCCUGGCACCUGCC